AUGACGAUCAUCCUCGCCCCCAGUCACCCGAAGACGAGAUUUGCGGAUUCUCAAGAUCCGGCCAUCUUGCCGUCGAACAUCAAGGACCGCGAUGUUCACCAUCAUCUUGAAUACCUGGCAAUGCAGGAGCACAGCCAAGACAUUCAUUCAUUCAUUCUUCAGUCCAAUCUGGUUCUCUGCCAGCGGUUCCCGGCUGAGACCAGCAGCAUCGUUCGCGAUGGAGUGAGUGGACGGGCUGAGGAAAUGAAGGAGCUGAAGCAUCUCUUGCGCAACCGACGUUUGCGGCGAACCAUGGCCAAUCGUGACAUCAGCCCAAUAAACCACGCUUCAUUUGGCGUCCUUGACCCACGCCCUCUCAAGUGCCAUGAGUCUCCGAACGUUUAA